UAUUUGAAUCUUUCAAAACAUGCGCGUUUGGAGCACCUCGAUGACGAAAUGAGAACAAUACAAAUAUCAAAGCUGCCGCCUUCAGGCGUAGCGCCUGCAAACUAGCACCGCGACGCUACGCUCGCCCAGACAAAUGCUCAACACCGGCUCCAUCGAAGAUACCCAGAACAUCCCUGGCCGGCAAGGCGUCGUAUUUAUAGGGCUGCCAGUUCCACAAUUCCGACCGUUCGGGAAAUAUGACGACGGCAAAGUGUAGUGAAUGUGUAUCACGGUAGAUUUCAUCAGUCAAAACACAUAAUUGUUAGAGAUAUUCGCACAAAAUCAAACAUGAAAAAACGAGUGCAAUUAUAGCGAAAAAAUCAAAUCCGGAUAUGCGGAGGUGCUAUGUGAUGUUUCUAAAAAUACGAGAUUAUUAUUAGUUGGUAUAAUCAUUUGGUAUACAAAACAUAUUGGAGAAGUUUGAGAUAAGAUACAGGUUAUAAAACCGGCUAACUUGGAAUUCGAGUGAGGGAAUUAUGACAUACAACAUUUGCCCAUGAACAAGUUAAGAUUGUUUCUAUGAAUCAUAAUGAUUUAUAUAUACACUUGAAGACGUUUUAAUCAAGAGAUUAAACUAUCACAAUGUGAGCUAACAAAAUGGCUUUAGUGAUGCUACCCUGUGAUUUGCCCUGGUGGGAUUCGGUAAAAAAACACUUAAAACGUAUGUCUAACACCAGGAACACGUUGGAACUGAUAGAAGGGAUGCAAAAAAUCCACGAUAUAUGCAAUGUCAGUUUAGAUCCAGAAGAAGAUACAAACGACCCUGAUAUUUUUGUAGGCCUUUUAAAUUUUUUAGAUAACGAUCUUACUAGCGAGGAACGGAGUAAUUUUUUAAAUAAAACUUUACAAAACUUAAUAAUACGCGCCUUGAAAUUAAAAGAAUGUAAACCUAAAAAUGGUUUACACUUCAGCUUACAGCAGCAAUCUGAUAGUACAGAAUUAGAAUACUCAUUCAUAUCAUCGUUAAUUGCCAAUGCUUUCUUUUCAACUUUCCCAAAAAGGUCAGAUAAGAGCCAUCCUACGUUACAAAAUUUCAAUUUCACUCAUUUUUUUAAACAUUUACAUCAGAAUGUACAAAAAUCAAAACUUAAAAGCAUUUUGUAUUAUUUCGACUGGUUGGAGAAUAAUGAGAACACCCAAGGGUGCCUUAAAAUUUCACGACAGGUGAUGACUAGUAAAGAAUGGUUAACGAUCGAAGACUGGUUAGAAUGUAGUUUACCCUUGUGUCCCUUGCAGAUAAAACACGAGGGCAAAUUAGAACGAGCAGAAACGGAUUCAUUACAAAUUUGCUUUGCUAGCUCUAAAAUUGGUGGAAACGUUCUAAGUGAUGGAAAUACUCAGGAAUGUAUUAAUUUAGUUACUUAUCCAGAAUUAUUAACAGUCUUACUAAAUAUAGAAGCUUUAGAAGAUAACGAGGUGCUAACAAUAGAGCGCGUUAGGCAUAUUUCGCGAAUAGUCGAUCCAAAAAACCGGGCUUGUUUAGAAAAACUGGAAGUUCCUCAGGAGAUGACAAUCUGCUGUAUAGACGCUGACGAUUAUAAAAAAAUGCCCAUAGGGCAGUACGAGGAAGAUAAUAUUUUGAGGGAACUCAACAAGUGUCUUCUAGCCUUUCAACAAAAGCAAUUUCGAAACAACGAAAACGUGCCACCUUUACAAAGCAGCAGACAGAGACGACUGUCUCCUAUUGGUGAAUCGAUAGGCUCCACACAGUCAGAUCCUACAAUUCCAUUGAUAACCCAGCAAUCUUGUAGCACAAACAGAAGUGCUUCUCCGCCUUCCAUAUGUGAUAAUAACAACGUAUCUAACAAAUUACGUGUUCAAUUAGAAGCAGAACGAAACUUACAAAAGAAGGGUCAAGCCACUAAUGAAACCCUCAUCAACAAUAGGCGAGGAAGGUUCAUUGUCUUGGGAUCCUCGGGAGAGUGUCUUCCAGUAACUAGAAAACCAAUGGACUCUCCUCAAAGUAUUUACUCAAGUUGUGAAUCAAGCGAGGAAGAGUUUGUCAGUGCCAAAACUAGUUUAGAUGACGGUAGCGAAGACGAAAAUUUCCACAAACGUUACAGUAUAGAUUUAGAAACUCCAGAAAGGCGGCACACCUUUGCUCAACGUCUUAGAGAUGCUUUAAGGAGAGAGGUUUCAGACAGUUUUACCAGCUCUGGUGAAUCUAGUUACGCUGUGGGAAUUUCUGUUGCCGGUUCCGAUGUUCAAGAUCGCCAAAUCAAAGUACGACGCGGCGGCUCUACUGGUUUUGCGUUACGAGAAGAUUCAUUAGAUGAAAAUUUCCUUCAGGAUUCUUUACAACAAGAAAGACUGUGGAUAGAUAAAUUCAAGAGCAAACAAUCCGCACUAAGCAGAAAAGAAUCAAAUAAAUCCUCUGAAUAUAGUUUCAGCACAGAGUACAGUUCCGAGUUGGAAGAGGUUUACGAACAAUUUUCUAGAUGGUUGCAGAACCCCAUUUUGGAGACCGACAAAGGGACGAAGAAAGAACUAGAAGGAAGAGAAUUAGCAGUAGUGCAGUUUGCCGGCUCAUUACUCAAACGUACUUUAAGUGAAUCGUUCGCUGGAGUUCCUGUACCAUUAGCCGAAAGUGCCGAUUCAUCACGUAAUCCAGAAGAUUACAACACAAAUAAGAAAAGUAAAUUGGUUCUAAGUGCCAAGUCAUUGAGUUUGGAAUUAGCAAGACAGAAACAUAAAUUAGCGGCUCAACUAAGUGAAAAUAAAGAGCCGCUAGGUGAAAACAAAUCUAACGUAUCGUUAACAAGCGACAUAGAAACUAGUGAGCCUUGUAGUGUUUUGAAAGAUCACAAUUUAGCAGCUAAAAAAAAGGCUUGGUUUAUAUCUUGUGUUAGUGAAGCUAUCAUCCAAACAUUAGAAGAUGUUUCUUUUAGUGUUAAUAUACCCGAAGAAGAAAAGAUAUCCGAGAUUACGCGAAAACAAUCCAACGGUCUCAAAUCGGUUUCUACAGGCAACUGGGGUUGCGGAUCUUCCAAGUGUGGGGAUGUACAGCUAAAAGUGAUCAUCCAGUGGUUGGCGGCAAGCGUCGCUGGCAUUCCCUCACUUAGAUAUUACACUUACGGUCAUCCAAAACUAGCAAAAUUGGAUACAGUCUGUAGAAUACUCGUCGAUAGAAAAUGGACUGUCAAGGAUCUUGCUCAAGCUACUUUAAGGUACUCAAAUCAAGUGCUACAUGGACGAGAAGAUGGUGGGACUCUGUUCGAGGAACUAAUCGGUUUAGAGAGAGCUACGUAAAUUAAGAAAAAUUAAUUCGAAACUCAAAGAAUGCCUGUCUAGUCAUUGUUGCAUCUAGGUAAACCGUUCGUUCGGAUUUAAUUGUGCAGCGAAUAUUUACAAUUGAAAAAUUUCUCGAUUCAUUUAUGAUUAAAUUAGAAGUUUGUAAUUAAAAAGAGAACUCUUAAUUUUUGGUAUUAAAAGUCAACUGCACGUUGUAAUAGAGCGAACGGUUUGUACAAUGCGAAGCUGUAAAUACGUUAAUGGGAAGUUAGAAAAUUUAAACAAUUUUUAAGUAGAUAUUAAGUAUUUUUUCACAUAUACACUGAAAAAAGAAAGUAAACUUCCCUUUUUAGAGUUACUUUCUGUACUAUUUUGUUGAUUUUUGUGCACUCAGCAAAUUAAAAAUGUACAAAAAGUUUAUAUUUUAUGAACGAGUGCUACUUGUGCUACAAAAUGAUUAUAUUUUAGGUCUACAUACUAUAUUACAUGCAGAGCGAUUUUUGGAUGAUUUAAUGUCAUUCAAAGGAUGUCGAAAACUGGCGCCAAACAUGGUGUUCCAUUUUUGAUUAAGUUUAUGAGUUUUAUAUUACGUAUUACGUUUCCAAAUUAUCUAAAACUUUUAAUACUGUGAUAGCUUCAUCCAAAUCUCUCUGUAUCAAUUCUAUACUGCCCUCAUAAUGUGAAAAAGCUAAGGAUAGUAGUAGCAGCUGAUCAAAUAUUGAACGAGCACAUUCAAGUGAUCACAUUUUGUAUGCAUGUUUCAAAUUAUAAAAACACUAGUAUACCUUGUAGAAACUUCUUGACAAAUUUAUGAUGGCAGUAUACAUCAACUUAAAAAAAGCAGUCUUCCCAACUUUUGAUACAAACAUCAAUGCCUUUUAUAUGCUACUUUUUGAUAUAAACUGCUGCAAAAAUGUACAAUAAAAGACAAUUUAUAAUAAUGAAGGAUUGUUUAAUAGAAACUUUAAAUACAGAACACAUCAACAUCAAGUA